GCAAGUGGCGGAGCCUGCGUUUUCAUCGGUGCCGUUUUCAUCGGUGCAUGCGAUUGCCGAGCAAGCUCGCCACACUCGCCGCCGCCUUCACGACCUCGCCGAGGAUGAUGAGUGCCGUAGCCCCGCCGAUCGCCAAGCGCGUGCCACACACAGUCACGUUUGGCCGCGUCGAUGGCGAGAACCGCGGGCCAAACCCAAUGGAGCCGCUCGAGCUGUCGGACGACCUCUUCUGGAUCCGGGACGACAGCCGGAAGAACGAGGACAUGCUCCAGCUGCUACGCGACGAGAACGCCUACUCGCAGCACAAAACCUCCACCCUCGACGGUUUCAGAGGCACGCUGUACGAUGAGAUGCUUUCGCACGUCCAGGAGGACGACGACACGCACCCCACGCCCGCCGCGGACGGAUACGAGUACUGGAGCCGCACCACCAAGGGCAAGUCCUUCCGGGUGUAUCUCCGCCGGCCGCGCGGCAGCGCCGGCGAGGAGCAGACGAUUCUCGACGUGAACGAGGUGCCGAGCCUGCAGUACUUCAAGGACGAGGGCGGGUGGGACGCGAGCCAGUGCGACGUGCACGCGGUGGAGACGAGCCCGUCUGGCCGGCUGCUCGCGUACGCAGUGGACGGGUCGGGGUACGAGACGUACACGGUGAGGCUCAAGGAGCUGGGCAGCGGCGUGGAGAUGGAGGAGGAGAUCCGCGGGACGGGAGGGAGCAUCGCGUGGGCGGACGAGCGCACGCUCUUCUACGUGAAGCUCGACGCGCAGCACCGGCCCUUUGAGGUGUGGAGGCACGUCAUCGGCACGGCGCAGGCGGAAGACGUGCGUGUCUUCGAGGAGCCGGACGAGCUCUUCAACGUGGACUGCUGGACCUCGCGCGACGCCUCGCUGCUCUUCAUCGAGUCCG